AUGGCCAACAUCAAUCAUGAGGCUGGCACAGAAGCUCACGCUUCAGAGACGACGCCGCUCCUCGAGCCUAGGCAUGACAGUGACCGCGAUGUUGAGUCACUCCGCUCUAGCUGUAGCGCAAAAGGCAACAUAGUCUUGCCAUCAACCUAUGAUGCCGAUGAUACCCCUUACAAAGACUACGCCAGUAUUGACUGGCUCCACGACUUGGUCAAAGACAACGAGCGGCACGGGCUUCGAGAUGCAGACGCUCGACGAGGUAAUAUUGCGUGGAAACGGAUAGCAAAGGCUUGGGACUCGGCAUCAGGAUGGGUAGCAGCCUUCGUUAUUGGCCUGUUAACAGCCUGCGUUGCAUUCGUUGUCGACAUCAGUGUUGAGACUGUCGCAGAUUGGAAGGACGGUUACUGCACUACAAAUAUUUGGCUAAAUCGCCGAGCUUGCUGCUCUGCUGAUGGCGACUACACACGUUGGAAACCAUGGUUCAAGAACUUUCCAUCGGCAUAUGUAGCAUACGUCGCAUCUGCUCUGCUUUUCGGCAUUAUCGCAGCCGGAGUGACCACGACAACCAAAAUGCGUCUACCCCCGGUUGUAGACCUAGACGUUUCCAACCGCAAAGGCAAAGCCGAUAGCGAUGAGGAACAAGUGGCCGAGCAACCUCAGGGCAAGAUACUAUACCUGGCUGCAGGUAGUGGCAUACCUGAGAUCAAAACGAUACUCUGCGGCUUUGUCAUCCCACAAUACCUCACCUUCAAAGUUCUUGCAGUGAAGGCUAUUGGCGCGACCUUUGCAGUAGCGACAGGAAUGUGCUUGGGCAAGGAAGGUCCUUUCGUUCACAUCUCAACAUGCGUUGGGUACCUUGUUGCGAAGCAUAUUCCCAAGUAUGCAGAGAACAACCGGAAGAUGCGAGAAAUGCUCAGUGUGGCAUGUUCUGCUGGCCUGUCGGUAGCAUUUGGUGCUCCCAUUGGAGGCGUGCUCUUCAGUUAUGAAGAAAUAAGCACCUAUUUCCCACGCCGCGUACUCUGGAGAUCGUUCCUAUGCUCCCUCGUCGCUGCCGCCACGCUCAAAGCGCUGGACCCCACAGGAACAGGAAAGCUAGUGUUAUUCGAAACAAACUAUGGCGUUGACUAUGCCGUUUCUCACUACGCGGUCUUCAUCUUUCUUGGUAUUUGCGGCGGAGUGUUUGGUGGGGUCUUUUGCAGCACCAAUUUCUUGUGGUCGAAGACAUUUCGAAAGCAGUCGUGGAUCAAGAAUAGUCCGGUUCUAGAAGUCUGUAUAGUGGUCUUCAUCACGGCGAUUCUGCAGUAUCCCAAUCCAUUGAUUCGUGAAACGGGGGAUAUCAUCAUGGAGCGCUUACUCGUUGACUGCAACGACAUCAAGGAAGACUGGAUCUGUGAACAAGAGGCUAAGGUGGGCGGGAAAGGCUUGUACUAUGCAUGGCUCAUCUCUGGCACAUUCAUAAAACUCAUACUCACCAUUAUCACCUUUGGGUGCAAAGUGCCAUCCGGUAUCAUCAUUCCUGCACUAGAUGCUGGUGCUUUAUUUGGAAGGAUGGUGGGCCAGCUUGUGCCCGAUAUCUCGCCGGGAAUAUUCGCUAUGGUAGGGUCCGCUGCAUUCCUUGCUGGAGUCAGCAGGAUGACUGUCAGUCUGGCGGUCAUAAUGUUUGAACUCACAGGGGAAGUCAAUUUCAUCCCACCCUUCAUGAUUGCUAUUCUCACUGCAAAGUGGGUUGCUGAUUCUAUCAGCGCCGAUGGCGUUUACGACUUGUCUCAGCACAUCAUGGGCCACCCAUUCCUGGACUCUGAACAGGCUGUCGUUAAACUCCGAGCUCUCAGAGACGGCGAGGAAGAAUCGCCAAUAGUGGGAAUGCUGAAUCCGCCGGCCCGAGUCAUGGAGCAGAUGACCAUACAUGCCGGACACAAUGCCCGAAUCCCAUUAUCCGACAUUGGAACCAAAUUGGACAGUCUGUCAGCUCAAGGAGUGUUGGACUUGGGGCUCGUAAUUGUCAAUGAGCAGGGACUCUGCAUCGGGUAUAUUCCAGAGGGCAACAUGACCUCUCUGGCACAUUUUAUAGGACAACAAGAGCUGCAGGGAAGGGAUACUGUCAGUUUUGCGGACGACAAUUUCGGGCGGCUACUGGAUCGCAGCCCUUUGAACAUAUCAGCAAAGGCACCUCUAGAACAUGCGGUAGACAUGUUUGGCAAAUUGGGUUUGAGCCACCUAAUUGUUGUUAACGAAGACACGGCCAGGGUUGUAGGAGUGGUUGGAAAGAAACGACUUUUGAGUUUCCUAGGCGGGUUGGAAUAG